AUGUCACUACGGAAAAAGAUUGCGUUGACGGCUGCGCUUGGCCUCGGAGUUAUUGCGGCCGCAACUGCUGUGGUCAAAUGUGCCCAGAUCAAAGGCUUAUCCAACCAAACAGAUGGAACUUGUGAGUUCCCUGUCUCUCUGAAUCAUCAUCGUCUAUUUCAAAUCACUGAUAUGCCCCGUGAAACAGACGCCACUGUUCCUCUUGUGCUCCUCUCAACGAGCAAGGGAAACUCCAAGCCACCGUCUUAUGCACAGCACAAAAUAUACGACAACCAAUCUAGCUCACGAGCUCAUGCGUCCAAGGGAGAAAGGCCAACUUCCACAGCAAAGGGAGACAGCCAGGAGAGCAUCCUGAAUGAUAUGGAACAAUAUCAUAUACGGCGUACAGACGAGGUUUAUGUUGAAUAUGAGAUGCAAGCUCCAAAAGGCACUUCUCGCAAGCAAAAUCUUUGA